AUGCAAAUCGAGUAUACGCAUUUCGGCGGUCCAGCGGAAUAUGUAAUUCACGCUAUCAAGGCUAAUUUGACCGGGUCGCUUUGUGAGUAUCGUCUCUGCUCGCAGCUUCGUAUCCAGGCUUGGGCUAAUGACGCCAGCCGCCUUCACACCACUGCUGCAUCGAAUGGUCCAAAAGAAUAUGCCAGAUAUUCUGGGAAGAUACAAAGAGUCCUCCGCCUCAUCGCCACCAACAACGCCCGCGUCUUUCAAGGCACAGCCGCCAGCCUUGACGAGGAAUGGCUCGAAGCGUCCACCGGCUACGUCCUAGCCUGCUUCGACUGCAUCCGCGCUCUUAAACAGUGGCACCCAUGGCUCCGGCCCCUCGUCUACAGAUUUAUCCCCGAACGCGCAGCCAUCAAAGACCAGUGGACCAAGGGCCGCAAACGAGUCAUGACUUCUAUGCGUGAGAGGCAAGAAAAGGGGGGUAACCUGGAGGACCCACCUACUAUGCUGGAUCAUUUGAGUAAUGGGAGGAAUGAACAUAUUGCCGAUGAUGUUGAGCUGCAGUUGCUGCAUCAGAUGACCUUGAUUGCUGUUGGGACUGUUACGACAUUUUCGUCGACGACGCAGGCUAUUUAUGAUCUUGUGGCGCAUCCGGAGUAUAUACCUAUUCUUCGGGAGGAGGUUGAGUCUGUGCCUAGGGAUCCGAAUGGUAACUUCUCCAAAGACUCAACGGUGGCUAUGGAUAAGCUUGACAGCUUUCUCAAAGAGAGCCAACGCUUCAACUCACCUGAUCUCACAACCUUCCAACGCGCAGCUAUCGCAGACAUGAAACUCCCAGACGGCACAUUCGUCCCCAAAGGCACCAAACUAGAAAUCAACACUUGCUCAAUUCACAAGGACCACAAGCUGUACGAGAAUCCUGAGCAGUUCGAUGGUCUUCGCUUUCAUAAAUGGCGAAAAGCUCCUGGUAAGGACAAAAGGUACAUGUACUCCAGCAGUGGAACAGAUGAUCUGUCUUGGGGCUUUGGGCGACACGCGUGCCCGGGGAGAUAUCUGAGUGCUAUCAAUAUCAAGCUCAUCAUGGCGGAGCUGUUGAUGAAUUAUGAUAUCAAGCUGCCCGAUGGAGUCAGUCGACCUAAGAAUAUUGAGUUUGAAGUGCUGUGCUCCCCGGAACCGGACUUUGAGAUCCUUCUUAAGGACAGGGAUCAUUAG